UUUUUUUUUUUUUUUUUUGUUUAGCAAGGCUUAGCUAUGUGAUAUCUCGAAAAAUGUUUAUGCAAUUGCAGAUCCUAAAAACGAGAUUGAAGUUAAGAACGCACCGUCAGAUGGAAGAAAGGAAGAGAGUGGUGGCAUGGUUUUUUCAGCUGCGGACGGGGCUGUUGAUGAUAAGGACAAACACGGUGUGCCGGAUGGCGAAGACAAUGGGGCUGUUGAUGAGACUGACCGUGUUUUAAACAGUGCAGAAGGUAAGACGGAGCAUGAUGGGAUGCGUGCGACUAUUAUAAACAUGCAAGGGUGCACUAGCGCGGUGGUUGAUUCAAUAGUUUCGGGCGACGGGAGUGAGAUGGCACAUGAUGUCGAUGCAAAAGGGAAAGCGGCUGAAGAGGUCCCUUUUGCAGAGAAUGACGACAAUGGGCCUGAGCCCGGUUUUGAUGAACGAAAUUUAGAUGGCCCGAAUUGGAGCCUUGGGAUGACACAAAUUGGGGCUCAAGUGGACGUGUCACACGAAAUUGGUUGCACAAGUGGGAAGAUGGAGGACAUCCCCCGGACAGAAACCAAACCUGUUGGCGAUGUGGAGGCUACCGCAGACUUGAGCAUGGUUAUAAUGGUAGACCCAGUUAGCUCCUAUGACCCGGCCAUUGCAAUCCACAAGGGUCAAACUGGGCUGGGAUCUUGUGGUAGUGAUAUGUAUGAGGUGGAGGACAAUAUUCCGCUUGCUAACCGUGUGCGCAUGUUGGCUGAGUUGGGGGCACAAAAAAGGAAACUCCCCUUCCGAGAGAAGGUGGUAGCGGAGCCAAACAGAUCACCUUACUAUAUAAGGACUGUUGACAUGGGCCAACCAAUUACAAAGAAGGAGACAAAUCUGUGGGACUACAUACACGCCGAUGAAAGCCCAAUGCACCUUUUAAGUGGAUUUUGUCGUAGGAAGCGGGCAAUGGAGGCAAACAUGAGGGAACAGGGUUCUUCGUCAGUGGCUGAUGUAGAUAGUCCGAUACAUAUGUCUGUGGAGUUGCUGUUCAGAAGCCCUACCCACGUACAAGCAUCUCGGUCUAUGUUCAAGAGUUUAAAUGUUGGCAAUGAGGUCUCGGAUGGCAUUAUUGACUGUUGGGCGGAGGUGCUGAACUUCCAGGAGAAAAGAAAAUCACGGGGGGCUUACAGUAGACAAUUUUUUGGGACUAAAGUUGUGUUUCCAUGGAUGCUGACAACUGACGAAGGCGGGGUAGAGGCGCGGAUGCACAAGUUUCGGCUUGGGAUAAAGGGUGCGGUCAACAGAGUUGAUUGCGUUCCUGAUUUCCGAAAUGAAGACAUUGUUUUCUUCCCUAUAUUGGAGCACAAACACUUUUACUUGGUAGUGUUUGAGUUACGCGACCCCGGGAUUUAUGUCAUUGAUAAUGACAAAGCCCGUCAAGGUCAGUUGAUAGAAGACAGCGUCUACUACCUACACAAGGACACAGCGUAUAAGAUUAAAGAUAUGUUUGUGCAAUAUCUGCGGGAGGUUGGGAAUCCACGAGCCGAUGACAUAGAGUACUGCAACAUCCAGCGUAUGCCGGUUCCUUGGGCAACAACCGCAAACACAACUGAUUGUGGGAUCUUCUUGAUGCGGCACAUGGAGUGCUAUAUGGGGAAAAACCAAAGUUUUAACUGUGGGUUCAGCACGAGUGGGGCGAGGAAGAUGGCGGAGGUGAGAAAGUUGAGAAAGAGGUAUGCGGCGCACAUAUUAUGUUCGGAGGUGAAUGUGCUGCUGCCAAAAAUCAAGGAAGAAUGCCGAAUAGAGUAACAUGUGUUAUGGUGGCUAACACAUGUUAUUGUAGAACAAUUAUGCCUUAAUUUCGCCGGAUAUGUUUUUUGGAAACAUGUAAUGAACUUUGAUGGAUUUGGGGAUUUUGCUUCAAACGUAAUGCGGGGGUAGGUGUUUUGUUGGGUAUGGCAUCGUCAGGAUGUCUUUUUGUGGAUGAACUAUAUAUAUUAAAUAUGAUGUUUAGUUAGUCGGUAAUUAUAAACUCUAGAAAAUAUUGAUGUGUUGUUAA